UGAUGCCGCGUCAAAGGGCGAGAUGAAAAAAAAUUGAAACGGAAGAUCGCACUGGUUGAGGCAGAAAGAUACCUGAACUUCAAGUUGCUAGGAAAAUGUGAUUCAGGAAUGAGAUGCUACGAGACAACCAUACAAAUCAACUUAAGCGCCUCUUACCUCGAGGGCAAGAGCACUGCGGCCAACUUCCUACCCAGCUACUUUACCCGUUGCACCGGAUUCAAGAAAAUACCUUCACCGGGAAGCAUGAUCUAAAGUUUUGGACCUGGCAUAUUCAAAUUCGUCCUUCGAGCGCCGCAAGUGGUGCUUGACGGAGUUGCAAGAUGGCAGGAGCUUCGAAUCGGAUCCUGGAGUUUACUCACCAGGUGAAGGCAAUCACUCGCAAGAACCUCGUCCUGCUUGUGACGCGCCAUUGGCUCUCAACGAUUCUUCAGUCCAUCAUCGCGCCCAUCGUUGUCCUCGCCUUGACGCUCAACAUCAGGAAUUUCACUCGAGGAAGCUUAUAUCGAUUCGGGGUCGGCUCGCCCAUCCCUAUUCGAACCAUUGAAAAUGCCAUACCCUCUUCACAACACCUGGUGUUCGUCAAGGACCCUUCUCUCGGCUCGGACAUCGACACGGUCAUCUCGAUCGUUUCACGUCCGCUAGCCCCCGAGAAAAUUGCGCGAUUCGACAAUCCGGAAGAGGCGUCAUCUCAUUGUAGACCCAACUUCCGGGGGAUAUCAGACUGCUAUGCCGUCGUCGAGUUUCGUGAUUCACCCCUGACCCCCUCUAGUGUCAGCCCGAACCAGACAUGGAGCUAUGCCAUCCGUUUCGACCCGGCCCGUUACGGCUUUUCCGGCCCGGGUGACGACGUCGGCUCCUCUACCAACAAUUACCAGAUCUUCUCCUACCCCGUCCAGCUGGCCAUUGAAAACGCCAUUACCAAUUCCUCCGAGAUCCCAGAAGAGUACCUGUUCAGCACCACACCGCCACAAGUCGCCCAGUGGGUCGACGAUGGGUGGUACAGCAGAAUGAUCAUUUGGAACUACGCCUUUGUCUUCUUUCUGAGUGUGCUCCCCGGAGUUUACCACGUUGUUGGCGUUGUGACUGCGGAGCGGGCCUCGGGCGUGGCAGGCUUGAUUGAUGUCAUGGGCGGCGGCCCGGCGGUGAGGGUGAUGGGCUGGACUCUCGCCUUGGCCGUGGUACAGUUGCCCACAUGGAUUGUGAGCGGAUGCUUAUACUGGUACCUUGUCUUCCCGGGGUCCAACGCCGCCAUAGCCAUCUUCUGGCAAAUCCUCUCGGGACUGGCAUUUCUCAACGCCAGCAUCUUUGCGUCGGCUUUCUUCAACCGGCGAAUUAUCUCAAGCGUGUUUGUCUGCAUAUGCAUGACCUGCCUCGGCGGAGGCGCCGCCAUCCUCGUGAACAGGGUUGUUGACAACCCAAGGGUUAUUCUGCUGUCAUUGCUCUUUCCAACCAUGAACUAUAUAUUUGCAUUGUGCCAUAUGGUUCGGUUUGCGUUUGCCGUCUGGCCCGUCGACAUGACCACAACCUACAUUCCGGUGUUGGCCGAAGGACGCGUACCUGAGCAAAGCUACUUUGUUGCGGUUUGGACCUUCUGGGUGUUUUUAGCUAUCCAGAUCAUUGGUUACCCACUGCUAGCCAUCCUGGCAGAGCGUCUGCUGCAUGGUGUCAACAGCAAAGGUCGAAUCUUGUCUGAGACAACGGGAGACGAAGCCAACGUUGCAAUCCGGGUUUCCGGGCUAACCAAGGUGUACAAGGCAUCAUGGUCGAGAAAGAUAUUCCUCUGCGGCAAAGGUAGAAAGAAUCUCAAGGCGCUCGAUGGGCUCGACAUGGUGGCAUACAAGAAUCAGAUUCUCUGCCUCCUGGGGGCUAACGGAGCCGGGAAAUCGACCACCCUCGAGCUUUUGGCAGGCGCCCAUACCCCUACUGCUGGGACUAUGGCGAUCAAUGCGCGCGCGGCCAAAUUAGGGAUAUGCCCUCAAAAAAACGUGCUCUUCGAUAGGCUCACCGUCCUAGAGCAUGUCAUAUUCUGGAGCCAGCUAAAAGGCGGAAGGGAGGACUCGCAGGCGUUACACGAGCUCAUCGCCGCAUGCGAUCUGACCAAGAAGACACACAGCCGAGCGGGAACAUUGAGCGGCGGACAGAAGAGGAAGCUUCAACUUGCGUGCAUGUUCGUGGGGGGGACUACGGUUUGCCUAAUGGACGAGGUCACUUCCGGCUUGGACCCCAUCUCGCGGCGAACGAUCUGGAAUAUCAUUCUGGCCGAGCGCUCCAAGAGAUCCAUGGUCUUCACCACCCACUUUUUAGACGAAGGUGAGGUGCUUGCGGACCACAUCGUCAUCCUUUCAAAGGGGAGGAUCAAGUGCCAGGGAACCGGCACCGAGCUCAAGAACGAAUUCGGCGGGGGCUACCGAGUCAGCCUUCCACUCGACUCAGACACGAACCUUGCGGGUCUCGAUGUGCCACGCACGCUUCAUCAGGAUCGCAUCGUCUACCGGAUCCCAGACUCCAAAUCUGCCGCCAGACUGAUCACCACACUCGAAGCCGCCGGCCAGUCCGACGUCCAAGUAUCCGGCCCGACAGUAGAAGACGUCUUUCUCAAUGUAGCCCAAGGCGAUAUCUCCGCUUCUUCCAAAACAGCACCGCUCUACGACCCUGAGAAGGGAGACAUUACGGAAGCAGCGUCCCUUGCCCCCCUCAGUUCUGCGCAGCGAACCUCGUUCGCCCAGCAACUGCGGGCCCUCCUCCUCAAACGCCUACAAAUCCUCCCACGCUACUGGUUCGCCGCCUUUCUUGCCCUCGCUUUGCCAAUUGCAUGUAUGCCGCCUAUCAACAUGUUUAUUUCUUCCGAGUUUAGCCUGCCCGACUGCGAAGGAAUAGACCCUCGUUCUUUGUUCGAGUUGCCGCUGGAGCUGUAUCCGACAAUGAACAGGCCGUUUGGUCCGCCAUCGAGGAACCAGACACUGUACGAGGUGUUGGACAGUUUCCCGAUUGGGGAGAGCUACCAGAUGGAGCUCUUCUCUAGCGACUGGAAGCUUGUGGAUGAUUAUGAUAGCUUUCGGGAGAUUGUGUCCAGUUUGGACCCGUCAAUCACGGGCGGGCUGUACAUGGGCGAUGCGGAAAACGGAGGGCAUCCGCCGACUAUGGUGCGCCAGGACAACUAUGGUAUCGUGGAGGCUAUGAAAUGGUUGCACCUCUAUACCGCCAUAAGGAGUGGAGUGAAAAUCGAGGGGAUAGUGCAGCUGUACGACAUGUUCUCGGGUCGUCUCAUGAGAGGUUUUGGGGGCGAUAGUUGGCAGUAUAUUCUGUACGCGGCCGCGAUCCUCACCAUAUACCCCAGCUUCUUCGCCCUCUACCCGGCUUUUGAGAGGGUCAGCAAGGUGAGAGCGCUGCAGAUUUCCAACGGAGUAAGACCUCUCCCUCUGUGGACAGCUUACUUUCUCUUCGACCUCUGCUUUGUCUUGGCCGUCUCGAUCGCCUAUACGGUUACCAUCUCGCUACAGUACCCGUAUUGGUAUGAGCCGGGGUACAUGUUUCCUGUAGUCGUGCUCCACGGCAUCACGGGCAUCCUGGUCAGCUACAUUGUCUCGACGUGGGCUACUUCGCAGCUCGCGGCAUUUUUGUGGGCGUUGGGGUUUAACUUUAUAUCUUACUUUGCACUAGCGAUCUCUUUCACGCUUCCGGCACUCCUGAGCGAUCCGCUCGAUGUCCAGUAUAUCUCGGACACUAUAUCGUACAGCGUCGGCCUGGUGUUCCCCGUUGGCAACCUCUUCCGCGGCAUGGCCAUAGGGCUCAACCUUUACCAGCUGGGCUGUCGGGGCUACGAUAUGGUCAGCGCCGGCUCAUGGUGGGGGUAUGGCUUCCCCAUGACAUAUCUUUGCAUUCAGAUCAUCGGCUUUUCCGCCCUGCUCGUAUGGCUGGAUAAGGACCUCUCCUUUUCCGCCUUUCUCGGUCGCCGCCGCUCGCCCCCUCCGGAUUUCCCAGAAGAGCCCCCGGCUGCCCCGUACCAGAACCCCCCUGUACCGAAGCCUAACUCGGAUAUCCUCCGCAUCACAAACCUCUCCAAAUCUUUUAAAUCGACCCAGGCACUCUCUUCAGUCUCCCUGUCCCUCUCAUCCAACGAGAUCCUCGCUCUGCUCGGCCCCAACGGCGCCGGCAAAACCACCAUCGUCAACCUCAUCCGCGGCGAGCUCUCCCCAGACUCGGGGGAUAUCCUCCUGCGGGGUACGUCCCUGCGUGCCAACCCGACCCUGGCGCAAACCAGGAUCGGCGUGUGCCCGCAGUUCGACGCGCUGGACCUCCUCACGGCGCGCCAACACCUGCUCUUUUACGCGCGCAUCAAGGGCGUGCCCUUGUCCGACGCCGAGGCGGUGAUGUUCCGCGUCGGCCUGACCGCCCCUCCCAGCACCAGCGACACGGACACUGAUAAAUCGUCGUCGGCGGCCAUGACCAACAUGAACAAGCCCGCCUCGGCGCUGUCGGGCGGCAACAAGCGCAAGCUGAGCCUGGCCAUCGCGCUGCUGGGCAACCCGCCCGUGCUGGUGCUGGACGAGCCCAGCAGCGGGAUGGACGCGGCGGCCAAGCGCAACAUGUGGCGCGUCCUGGCCGACAGCGUGGCGCCCGGCCGCACCAUCCUCCUCACCACGCACUCGAUGGAGGAGGCCGACGCGCUUGCCACGCGGGCGGCCAUCCUCGCCAACGGCAAGAUGCUGGCCCUGGGCACCACGCAGGUGCUGAGGAAGGACUACAGCGAUUUUGUGUGCGUGCAGCUCGUGCUGCGGGACGGCGCGAGCGAGCGGGUGGUGGAGGACUGGGUUAAGGAGCGGUUCGGCGGGGAUGAAAAGGGGGACGGCAAGGCGGUGGUGUUUGAGGGGGAGAGCUUGGGCGGGUUGGUGCGGUUCAUGGUGCCUGCUUCUCGGCCCGGUGGGGUUGCGAGUGGGGAGACGAGGAGCAGAGUGGUCGAGUUGAUUGAGUUGUUGGAGAAGAAUAGGGAGGUGUUGGGAUUGCAGGACUACUCGAUUGGCGCGCCUACGCUGGAGAGGGUGUUCUUGAGUGUGGUGAAGGAUAAUUAUGUUGAGGAGGAGGGUGAGAGGAAAAGGGGCUGGAGGAGGCUCAUAAGCAGGUGAUGAGCAUGGUGAUGAGAGUUGAAACUGAUGUUCAUUUCAUUUUGUUUACUUUUUAGUACUUAUGGGAUUUCUUACAAGAGAUAGAAUUAGGUAAUUGCCUGGAGAAAUUGGAUAAUGG